AUGACGGCGCGGACGGAUCUCGGGGUCCCGCUGAGCACGCUUUGUCCCAAGUACCUUCACUCCAACUCCACCAGCCACACCUGGCCAUUCAGCGCAAUAGCUGAGCUCAUAGACAAUGCCUAUGAUCCAGAUGUCAAUGCCAAACAGUUCUGGAUUGAUAAGACUGUGGUUGAUGGACAAGAAUGCCUCAGUUUUAUGGAUAAUGGAGAUGGACUGAACCAUGACGCUAUCCAGAAGAUGCUCAGCUUUGGGUACAGCGAUAAGACCGUUGUCAAUGGUGUAGCACCAAUAGGUAUCUAUGGCAAUGGGUUCAAGUCUGGAUCCAUGCGUCUUGGAAAAGACGCUAUCGUUUUCUCAAAGUCAAAGAAUUUUUCAUGCAUCGGGAUGCUCUCUCAGACCUACCUGGAAAAGAUUGAGGCCCGGCAAAUAAGUGUGCCCAUCAUCAGCUUUGAAAACACAAACAAAAACAAAUUCUCAGUACAAGAGCAGGACAGAGUCAGUCUGCAGCACAUCCUGCGCUAUUCCAUUUUCAAAACACAGGAGGACCUUCUCAAAGAGCUCCAAGCCAUCAAUCCCCCCAUGUGCCCGCGAAAAACAGGCACACGGAUUAUCAUCUGGAAUCUCCGCAGGACAUCUGUUGGAGAACUAGAGUUUGAUUUUCAGAAGGAUCAGUACGAUAUUCGAAUUCCAUCGGAUAUCAAUGAGUCGGGGAGCGACACUCAACAUCCAUCGUCAUCAUACAUCCCUGAGAGUGUUUACUCUCUGCGGGCAUACUGCAGUAUUCUGUACCUGAAGCCUCGGAUGCAGAUCGUCAUACGAGGUCAGAAGGUGAAAUCUCAGCUCAUUGCUAAGAGUCUCGCCUCCAUCAGAAGGGACUACUACAAGCCAACGUUCCUGCCCAAACGCGUUCCUAUCACUUUCGGGUAUAAUACCAAAAGUAAAGAGCAGUAUGGCAUGAUGAUGUAUCACAAGAAUCGCCUCAUCAGAGCCUACGAACGGGUGGGCUGUCAAAUGAGGGCCGACAGGAAAGGCGUUGGGGUCAUUGGCGUAAUGGAGUGCAACUUUCUUAAUCCCACCCACAACAAACAGAGCUUCGAUGAGACAGAUCAGUACAGGAAAACGAUGACCAGCAUGGCGACCAAACUGGAGGAGUACUGGAAACAAAUGUAUUACAGCAAGAACAAAGAGGAUCCAAACAGCACCACACCAGUGGAGGAUACCAUGAAGCGACCAGAUCAGAACUGGGCGCAGUGUGAUGAAUGUUGUAAGUGGCGCAAACUCCCCGAUGGGAUUGACUGCGACAAGUUACCAGAGGAAUGGUUCUGUCAUUUGAACCCUGACCCUCAGUUCAGGAGCUGCCAGGUAGAGGAGGAGCCAGAGGACUCUGAUGACAAGCAACCUGCGUACCACAAGACCUACAAACAACAGGAAAUAAAGGACAAAAAGCAGCAAGAGAUGGCAAAAAAAAAGGAGGAGGAGAAUCGAAGGAGACAGGAAGAGCAGCAAGUGGCUAUUCUCGCCAGACAAAACAGGGAUCUUCAACGGCAAAUGAAACGACUGCUUCAAACGACUGUCGAAUCACCUUCCACCUCCAUUACUCCAAGGAGGAGGUCCAAUGCUGAUUCAACUCCAGUGAGGCCCUCCACUAUUUUACAAGCUGACUGCAGCCCCUCAUGUAGCGAUGGUCUUCCAGUUAUUUUCAAUGUGGUCUCUCUGUCAAAAUCCCAUCCGAGGACAAAAAGAGACCGGUCUGUUAGUCCCCCAACAACGGCCAAAAGAGCUCUAGCAAAUGACUUCCAGAGGAACAUCUCUGAUACGCCGACAUCUGUGGUUGUGAGCGCACCCUGCUCCCCAUCAGUGCCUGUUGGUGAGGAGUGGGAUGAUGAUACUGAUGAGGACAUUUUGCUCUUGGAGAAUGCCAGCACGCCCAAACCAAAAGAUCCUUGCUUUGCCUUGACUAAGGUGAAAAUAGAGCCAGAGCCAACCGAUGCCGGAAUCUCCAUGGUGUUGGAGUUUAGGGAUGAUGUUGCCAUGGAGUCAGAGAUAAACACUGCGGGAGAGAGUUCUACCGGGACUGCGGCUGCUGGAGCCAAUCCAUCCCCGGCCCCUCCUCCACAGAUGACCAGCACCAACACCCAGACAGAAGCCCCCAAAGUAAAGAAGGAAGAGGAGGAUCCAAAUCAAACUGAGGGGAAUGGAGUAACCAGGCCGAGUACAUCAAAUGUAAAUGGUGUAGAACAUAUUUCACGUGCCUGCUGCAAUGAAGAAGGAGUCAUAAAGCAAGAGAGUGAGGUAAAUACUCAAAAUGACCAUCAAAGAAAUCUUCAGAACGGAGUGACACAUCCCAUGGAAGGUGACGAAAUUGCAGGACCUUCCCGGGCACCGUUCUCCCCACUUAACAACCCAAGUGUCACUGACGUGCAGGAACAACAAGACCAGCUCCUGGAGCUCAUGCAGGAGACAGCGCAAGAGAGAGACGCCUUAAAAGACGAAGUCAAAAGACUUACCUGCCAGCUGCAAGAAAUGCAAAGCAGACUGCUGGAGCCGUCUACGAUCAAUGACAAGAGACGAUGGUCUCACCAGGCCAGCCAGACGCUGAUGACGGAGGAAACAGUGGAGGGGAUUGACUACAAAAGUAUGUUUGAGAAGUCAAAAGAGAAAGUUGAUGAAUUGAUUAAGGAGAAAGAGGCUUUACUGGCAGCUACUGAGAGCGAACCCAGUCGUGAUCAAGGUGAGGAAAAGGCCUCUGAUGAGAUUGCGCUGCAAGUUGACUCUCUGAUGCGGGAACUGGACCAAAAACACAUGGAGAACGAAAACUGGAAGCACAGCUUGAUCGUGCUUCGGCACAAUGUCGGACGCCUUCUCAUCACCUCGAUUCCUGCUCUGUCCCUCGACCAAGUGAAUUUUGAGUGCAAUGUAAUCGAUGAGAUCCUCGAACAGUUUUUGACUGAGAGAGGUUCUGUCAGAGUAGAGGAACAAUGGAAUUAACCAAAACCUGACAUACAUACACUAUGCCUUUUAAUAUUCCAUACGGAUGUCUUGGAAAUUAGAUUGUAUUUAUUUGAACGUAUGACUUUGUCCGUCAGCCACCACCCUCUGGAACUCUGCAAAGAUCCACCACUUUACACUGCUAUUCAUUUGUAUGACUGUUGUAUGACGUUUAUGAGGUUUUAACUCUGUAAAGCAGCAUUAGAUACCUUGAAAAGUGCAAUUUUUUUUGCAGUUCUUCCUCUUCUUAUUCUUCUUCACAUUCUUCUUGACCUUUUCCUUCUUCUUCACCUACUUCUUCUUUGCCCACUUCCUCUUCUCCAUUACCUAUGUCUACCUCUGCACUUUCUUUUUCCUUGUCCCACUUCCUUUUCAGCUUCCUCCUUAAUUUUGUAUCUGCCGCAGACUAAAAACACACCUCUUCCGACUCUACCUUGAGUCAAAUUUUAAAACUAACAACUUAGUAGCACCUAAAUGGCACUUACUUAUAGCACUUUGUAGAUUUGCUUUUUUGAAGAAAUUGUACUUCCUUGAUUGUUGUUGUUCUGGGUUUGUACCCUAAUGGUUGAAUGCACUUAUUGUAAUUCGCUUUGGAUAAAAGCUUCAGCUAAAUGAAAUGUAAUGUAAUCUAUCAAUUAUAGCCAUAGAGUGACUUUUUUAAAGCUUUUCCAAACAAAAUGCAAAAAAUCCUGUUUGGGUUGUUCU